AUGUGGCUCAUGCUGGUGGUAUGGUUUGCUGGAGCUGCAGCUGUGCUAUAUUCUCUGUACUGCUGGGUGAUCCCUUCAGCUGUGCAGUAUAAUGGCAAAUUAGCACUACUGUGGCAUGAUGUUAUUGUUGAGCACCUUCUUGACACUCUGACCAGAACAACUCGACCUCAGCGGCUGCUAAGAGCAGUUCAGAAAAAUGCCACCCGCAACAACCCUUUAAGUGUGAUCUCGGCUAUUGACGAUUUUUGCCGGCACAGAGAGUGGGCCAUGAAUGUAGGGGAUGAGAAAGGUUUUAUCCUGGACUCAGUGGUCAACGAGGUGAGUCCGGUGACAGCGCUUGAAUUGGGUGCUUAUUGUGGAUACUCAGCAGUGCGCAUUGCCCGCCUCUUGCCUCCUGGUGCUUGUCUCAUUACCCUAGAAUUCAACCCCGAUUAUGCUGCCAUUGCUCGUCAAGUCAUUGCAUGGGCUGGUCUGGAGGACAAGGUACAACUGGUUGAAGGAGCUUCUGGAGACUGGAUCCCACGGAUGAAGGAGCACUUUGGCAUUGAAACAUUUGACUUUGUUUUCCUUGACCACUGGAAGGAUAGCUACCUGCCUGACACCAAACUGCUGGAGGAAUGUGGGCUUCUUCGGAAGGGCACUGUGCUGCUGGCUGACAAUGUUAUCUGCCCUGGAGCUCCAGACUAUCUGGAAUAUGUUCGGAAAAGCCUUUCCUAUGAGAGUCGUUUCUUCAAGUCACACCUGGAAUACACCAAGGCUGAGGAUGGCCUGGAGAAGUCUGUGUAUCUGAGCUAG